UCUUCUCAUUUCUGCGCGCGGCGCCUCGGGAGCGCUCCUCGUGCGGAUCGGCGAGUUUUGUUUGUUUUGUUUUGACUGAGUUCGCGGCUCGACUUCCUGACGAGUUUGGGAAAGGAAGGAUCUCUCUCUCUCUCUCUCUCUCUCUCUUUGCUCUCUCUCUCUCUCUCUCUCUCUCUCUCUCUCUCUCUCUCUGUGUGGGUAGUGGUGCUGCUCUGGGUGCUCUGGGCGGACUGUAGGCAGGGCAGUACAGGCUGUGGUAGUAGCGGGGAGUCAUGGGGCAGAGCUGUGAACGCGGCCGCUGACAGGAUGUCCGCCCGGAGCGCUGGAGGAGUUCCCGCGGUGCUCGCGCUGUGCUGUGCGCUGCUGCUGCAGGUCCUGGGUCAGGUUACACGAAAAGACAGCUACCUGAACACUGUGCAGAGUUCAGGCCCACUGUCCUGCUCUGAGGGCUUCACAGAGCUGGGCUACUAUAACGGCUCCGUGUCACAAACAGACUCAGGCUCUCCCUGCUUGAAAUGGACUGAAUUCCCGGAUUAUAUGCAGCAGUACCCGGACAGAGGGCUCGGCGAUCACAGCUACUGCAGAAACCCUGACCGUGAGGCCAACCCCUGGUGCUUCUUCAGACAACGCUCUGGAGCCAUCGGCUGGGCCUUCUGCGACUGCCACCAAGGUGCGGCCAGGCUUAUCGGGGGUCAGUCGAAUAAGAGUGGUCGACUGGAGGUUUAUCUGAAUGGACGAUGGGGAACAGUGUGUGACACGCACCUAACUGACCGAGACGCAAGUGUCAUCUGCCGACAGCUUGGACUUGGGGAAAUCGGCACUGCCCUCCAGCACUCCUACUUUGGACCAGGUUCUGGACUCUUCCAUUACGAACGCCUCAGCUGCCGUGGGAACGAGAACUCUCUACUAGAGUGCAAAAGCCGCAAGUUUGUCUCUGGUGAUUGCAACCAUGGAAAUGAGGCUGGAGUGGUGUGUGCGGCACCUGAGGGCAAUGGCACCCCCUUGAGGCUGGUCGGAGGGCUGGAAGAAUUUGAGGGACGAGUGGAAGUUUAUCAUAAUGGAAAAUGGGGCACAAUCUGUGAUGACCACUGGGAUGACAUUGAUGCUGAAGUGGUCUGCAGACAGCUGGGACUGGGUGGCGUGCCAAAGGCAUGGACGUGGUCUCAUUUUGGCAAGGGCUCAGGGCCCAUUCUGCUGGAUGGGGUACAGUGCACAGGAAAUGAGCUCUCUUUGGAGGAGUGUCCUCACAUGCCCUGGGGUCAGCACAACUGUGACCACAUGGAGGAUGCUGGGGUGUCCUGUAACCCGUACACAGAUGGUGUGCUACGUCUGGUGGGAGCAGAUGGACCCUGGGAGGGACGCCUGGAAAUCUAUCACUCUGGAGAGUGGGGCACAGUGUGUGAUGACAACUGGACUGAGCACCAUGCCCAAGUAGUGUGUCGGCAACUUGGCUACAGCAGAGGGCGUGCUGAGGUGGCUCCAGAUGGUGCGUACGAGGAGGGCACAGGGAUGAUCCUGCUGGAUGAAGUGAAAUGUAGGGGGGAUGAGAGAUCCCUGCUGGAGUGUGAGCAUGCAGUGUGGGGGCGUCACGACUGCUCCCACAGUGAGGACGUGGGGAUACGCUGUGAGAGAGCGGUCGAGACUAAUGACGUACCUGCUGUUCCUCCAGUUGCAGGUCCUCUGGUGCGGCUGGUGGCUGGAGAAAGUCGGAAAGAGGGCAGAGUUGAAGUCUUCAUUAACGGCCUUUGGGGCAGUGUGUGUGAUGAUGGCUGGAAUGAUAUCAAUGCUGGUGUGGUCUGCAGGCAGCUGGGCUUUGUUGGCAUGUCUAAGGCUCGUUCUAUGGCCUAUUUUGGGGAGGGUCAGGGUCCAAUCCACCUGGACAAUGUGAGAUGUGUGGGCACAGAGUCGUCUUUGGGCGAGUGUCCGGCUGACGGUCCGAACACACACGACUGCAGACACAGCGAGGAUGCAGGGGUCAUCUGCGACUACGUCUCACAGCCAGCAGACGACAGCAGCAUGGCUAUGCAGUCAUGCGGCCUCAGGCCCAACACACAGCGGCGCAGGAGGCGGAUCAUCGGAGGAGACAAAUCGUUAAGGGGCGACUGGCCAUGGCAGGUGUCUCUGUGGCUGAGGGCUCAGUCCAAAAGGAAUCAUCCACUGUGUGGAGCUACACUCAUCAACUCCUGCUGGGUCGUCACUGCUGCUCAUUGCUUUAAGAGGUUUGGCACUGAUCCCUCUCGCUACAUUCUGCGGUUGGGAGAUUACCACACGGAGGAGAGGGAUGAUUUUGAGCGCACUCUGUCUCCUGAGCGUAUUGAGCUCCACAGCAAGUACCACAGCCAGGGCUGGGAGAAUGAUAUCGCAUUGGUGAGGCUGAAGGGCACAGACGGGAACUGUGUGUCCUUUAACCCUCACACCAACGCUGCCUGCCUUCCUAAUCAGAGUGCCAAGAAGGUCAAGAGACCUGCUGCUUGUGUCAUUACAGGCUGGGGAGUUACAGACUCAGAGUACUCUCGGACCCUGCUGCAGGCCUGGCUUCCACUGCUGCCUUCCGGGAAGUGCAAGAAGCGCUACGGCAGCCGCUUCACUAGUCGCAUGCUGUGUGCUGGCAGCCUGUCAAACCACCGUCGUGUGGACAGUUGCCAGGGAGACAGUGGAGGCCCGUUGGUAUGUCAGGGCACAAACGGGCGCUGGACGCUAACGGGGGUCAUUUCCUGGGGUCAUGGCUGCGGUGACCCCAGCUAUCCUGGGGUUUACACCCGCGUCAGCAGAUUCUUAAAGUGGAUUGAGAAGGUCACCCAAGCUCCUUCUUAAGUCUGGGGUUACAGUGUUGCAAUGGCUUGUGUGUUGUUAAUGUACAGUACUUUACUGUAAAGUAUGUGAUGCCUUUGAGGGGAUUAAGGCUGAACUGUGGUUCACGGUCAGGAGAGAUGACCUCAUUUUUGCACAUUCUACAGCUCAUAGCAUCCCAUUUUUUAUUUUCAAACUUUUCUACUUGACUGCACUUGAAGUGAAGGCCACGAGGAAGAGGAAGUCGUAUAUCUCAGCCAUGUGAUUGACAUUAUUGAGGGAAGGUCACACUGAGUGUGCAGAAUGCUCAAGAUUGACCUAGCCUUGGUUGAAAAGAGUGUAUAUAAAGAUUGUGUAGAUACUAUAAAACCAUGUUGCACUACAAUGCAUGCCAUAUUAGUGGAACAUUUGCAGAUGUUCUUUAUGUUUUACACUUAUUUUAUAUGUAUCUAAGUACUGGUGGUCAACAGGCUUCAUGUUUCUGGGUUCUGAGUGGAUUCUGCUUCAAUUCAUCAACAUUCCAGGAGAGCUGGCACACUUCAUUGAUCCUCAGUCCUCAGACUGUGAUUCCUACUCAUUUCACAGCUCUACUUCACAAAUGCCGUAAGAAUAUUGAAAUAAAUUAACAUGCACUCAUUGACAGAAAAUAAUGCAUACCAAGUUGCUGCUAAACUCAGCAUGCAGUUAUCUUUCAGGCAGAUAUGUAAAUGAUUACAGGUGUGAUCUGAUUAGACACUGGGUCUGUCCACAAGAGGGCGAAAAAUUGUUUCCCAUGCUGACUGAUAAAAAGGCUCUCACAAAAGCUGCUGUUGGGUAAUGUACCUUUUGGUACAAUGCUAAAUGCCUCUAUAAAGCACUUUUGCAUUUUGCCCAGUUAAUAGAGUUUUAGAAGGGGUGUAUCAUUGGACUGAGAGAAGCAGGGUGGUUGUUUUGCCAGACUGCCCACCAUCUAGGCUCUUUGUCAGCCUGACACCAUUGCUAUUGUUUUCAACUGUGUUAGAAAUGAGAAACCUGGAUCCAUAUUACCUUUAGCAACAAAUUCAGGUUCAGUUUGGGAUCCAGUGACAGUCAGGUCCUGUGAUUAUUUCAGGAAACUUUCAGCAGGAUAAUGCUCACUCACACACAGUAAGUGUUUGCAAGGUUUUAACACUCUCUAUUGCCUGCGUGGUUGCCAGAUUUAUUAUCAGACCAAUUGGGAUACCAACUUGAGCAACCUACAAGUGUACAUGAUCUUUAGGCCCAGCUGCAAUAUCUGUGGGCAACCCAACAGGGUACUACAGUCUAAUUUCCUUCCUUUUUCCAUUUUUUUCCCAAUAAACGUAUUCUUGCACUCUGAUAUUGCAGUCACAUAUAUUAACAUUACAAUCACACAUGUACAGUUUCAUUUAAUCCCAGCAACUACAUCUUGGUGUACUAUUUAUUGUGAAUGAGUGUAUGCAAUUUUGAAACACAUGUGAGUCUGCGGGGGCAAUGUAAUGUAAAAAAAAAACAGGUUUAAUGAUGCUACAUUAUAUAUACAUGAUCUAUCUGUUUAUAUUGUAUUUGGAAUAUGUACCAGGUUUAAUUUGCGGCAAGUAGCAGAACUCACAUUACUGUGUAGCACAAUGAAACACCGGAAGACCAACCCACAUACGCAACCACAUCUUGUGCCUAAUAUUUAACCACUCUUAAAUUCUACAGUUCUGAUAAAGACCUCUAGGAAAGGGGUCCUUUUUAGACGUAAGGUCCAUGUGCCAUAUGUGUGUAGAAGACAGUAUACAGGUCCAUUGGAAUGAAGUGGAGAACCAUCAUCCAGCAAUAUUGCACUUUACUGUACUGUAUUGUGUUAUCAAGUCUGUGUUACAAUGCAAAACUGUUUCUGUUGCCAAAUGAUGAUUUUGAAUUGUAUUAUUUAUUUAAGUGAAAUGUCAUUAGCAACCAUACUCUUAUACAAACAUGAGAAAUAAAUCCUGUUUCUGUGAAA